AUGGCGAUGGACACAGGGCUCAUCACUUUGGUCAACAAGCUGCAAGAUGCUUUCACCAAUGUUGGCAUCCAAAACCCAAUCGAUUUGCCCCAGAUCACCGUAUUGGGCAGUCAAUCUUCCGGAAAGUCAUCAGUCCUAGAGAACAUCGUCGGCAGGGACUUCUUGCCACGAGGUACGGGUAUCGUUACCCGUCGACCUCUCGUGCUGCAGCUUAUCAAUCGUCCCGCUGCAGGAGCCAAAGGUGGGGUGCAGAACGGCGACACACCCACACCAGGAGCAGAGGGGAACCAGACCAAUCCGCACGAGUGGGGAGAAUUCUUGCAUCUGCCCGGAGAGAAGUUCCACGACUUUCAGAAGAUUAGAGAGGAGAUUGUGAGAGACACCGAGCUUAAGACUGGAAAGAAUGCUGGUAUCUCCCCUCAGCCGAUCAACCUGAGAAUCUACUCGCCUAACGUCCUGACGCUGACACUAGUGGAUCUGCCAGGUCUUACAAAGGUCCCCGUCGGUGAUCAACCCCGAGACAUCGAGCGGCAGAUUCGAGACAUGGUCCUCAAAUUCAUCUCGAAGCCCAAUGCAGUCAUCCUCGCUGUGACAGCGGCCAAUACCGAUUUGGCAAACAGUGAUGGUCUGAAGAUGGCGAGAGAGGUAGACCCAGACGGAAACAGGACAGUGGGUGUGUUGACAAAGGUCGACCUCAUGGACCAAGGUACCGAUGUUGUGGACAUCUUGGCAGGUCGAGUCAUUCCGCUGCGUUUGGGCUACGUUCCCGUUGUGAACCGAGGGCAGAGAGACAUUGACCAGAAGAAGGCAGUCAGCGCAGCAUUGGAGGCGGAGAAGUCCUUCUUCGAGAACCAUCCUAGCUACAAGAGCAAGGCGACAUAUUGCGGAACACCCUUCUUGGCCAGGAAGCUCAACACGAUUUUGAUGCACCACAUCAGGAACACUUUGCCGGACAUCAAGUCGAAGAUUGGUUCUCAACUCGCCAAGUACCAACAAGAACUGCAAAGUCUCGGUGGACCACUUGGAGAGGCCAACAGUGGCAACAUUGUCCUGACUAUCAUCACCGAAUUCUGCAACGAGUUCCGUACAGUGAUCGACGGUAACUCUAAUGACUUGUCCGUCAACGAGCUUGCAGGAGGCGCCAGGAUCAGCUUCGUCUUCCACGAGCUCUUUGCAAAUGGAGUCAAGGCCAUCGAUCCCUUUGACUCUGUCAAGGAGGCUGAUAUCCGAACCAUUCUUUACAACUCCAGCGGUUCGUCUCCUGCUCUGUUCGUCGGCACCACUGCCUUUGAGGUCAUUGUCAAGCAGCAGAUCAAGCGACUGGAGGAGCCAAGUCUCAAGUGUGUCGGCCUCGUCUACGACGAAUUGGUCAGGAUCUUGAGCCAACUGUUGAACAAGAACCAGUCUUUCCGCCGCUUCCCUGCCCUCCGCGAACGAUUCAACACCGUCGUCAUACAGUUCUUCAAGCGCUGUCUGGCUCCCACGACCAAGCUGGUGACGGACAUUGUUGCUUCUGAAGCCUGCUACCUCAACACUGGCCACCCCGACUUCAUCUCAGGACACCGAGCCAUGGCUAUCGUCAAUGAGCGUAUGCACCCACCCGAGAAGCCUCCCACAGACGCUCGUCGAAAGGAACUUGCCAUCAACAAUGACAAGGAUCUGGAUGUGACCGUUAAGAAUGAGCAGGGCUUCUUCGGGUCUUUCUUUUCGGGCUCAAAGCAGCAGCAGCAGAACAAGGCUCGUCAGGCACUCAUGGAAUCGCCCCCUACAAGCCUGCGAGCCAGUGGACAGCUGACCGAUCGGGAGACGAUGGAAGUGGAAGUUAUCAAGCUCUUGAUCACUUCGUACUACAACAUCACUAAGCGGACAGUCAUCGACAUGAUCCCCAAGGCUACGAUGCUUCACCUCGUCACAGAGGCAAAGGCUUCGCUGCAGCGUGAGCUCCUGCAGGAGCUGUAUGCCAAGCCAGACGCGCUGAGCGAGGUCAUGCGGGAGAGCGAUCAUGUCGUCACGCGCAGAAAGGAGUGUGUGAAGAUGAUCAGCGCGCUGGAGAAGGCAUCGGAAAUUAUCGCAACAGUGUAG